AUGCCUUCAGCUUCUCCAGCCAUGGCGAGCCCAACAACCGCUUCUGCUGCCAGUUCUAAACCUUCCUCAGUGAAGUCGGACGGCAAAAAAUCGCCGCGUUUGACCCCGCAGAAUGGCCAGCCCAUUACCAACGGCAAUUCGUCUCACGAGGCGUUGCCGAAACCUACCGAGAAACCCUCAAUGAAGGACAAGCUCACACGCAUGUUUUCAACGAAAGACGCCAGCCGGAAUUCUAUUGAAGUCCCCCACCGUCCCCGCGGUUCCAGCUUUAAUGAGAGCACGAAACCCAACCCUCCCAGCAGAAAACCCUCUUCGACCACCGCAGAAAAGAUUCCCGACAAACCUGCAUCUAAACCUCCCAAGACGCCCGCCAAAGACCUCCACCGAUUCAUGAUCAACCCAGACGCACAGGGUGGUCAUGAGCACCACCUCAAGUCAAGUCGUCGGCAAGAGAAGCUCUCCGACAUGUGGCGCACUUUAAUCGGCAAGAAGCAAGACCAACCGGAAAAUGAUCUCUCACUUGUUUCCAACUGGGUAGACACCCUCAAGGCAGAGAAAGAAGACAUGGCUGGUGACAAGAAGAACGGUCCGAAUGCGACCACCACACUGGUGGAGAAGUACGGCAAGUGCCAAGAGGUCGUGGGUCGCGGUGCCUUUGGCAUUGUCAGAAUAUCCCACAAGAAGAUUGAGAACGGCUCAGAAAAGUUGUUCGCCGUCAAGGAAUUCCGCCGCCGACCGGAGGAGACGGAGAAGAAAUACAGCAAAAGGCUGACAGCCGAGUUCUGCAUCUCGUCGUCGCUCCGACACCCCAACGUCAUCCACACCCUCGACCUGCUGAAGGACGCCAAGGGAGACUACUGCGAAGUCAUGGAGUUCUGCGCAGGCGGUGACCUGUACACCCUCGUCCUCUCCGCUGGUAAGCUGGAAGUGCAGGAGGCAGACUGCUACUUUAAGCAGAUGAUGCGUGGUGUCGAGUACCUCCACGAAAUGGGUGUUGCCCACCGUGACCUGAAGCCAGAGAACCUGCUUCUCACCACUCGUGGUGGCCUCAAAAUCACCGAUUUUGGAAAUGGAGAGUGCUUUCGGAUGGCCUGGGAGACAGAUCCUCACAUGGUCUCCGGUCUCUGCGGUUCUGCCCCAUACAUCGCACCUGAAGAGUACACCGAUAAGGAGUUCGAUGCCCGUGCAGUUGAUGUGUGGGCCUGUGGCGUCAUUUACAUGGCUAUGCGCACCGGUCGCCACCUCUGGCGUGUUGCUCGCAAGGACGAGGAUGAGUUUUAUGCCAGAUACCUGGAAGGACGACGUGAUGAGGAGGGAUAUGGACCGAUUGAGUCCUUGCACAGAGCGCGCUGUAGAAAUGUGAUCUACUCUAUUCUGGAUCCUAAUCCCACCCGUCGCAUCACGGCUUCUCAGGUCCUCAAGUCAGAAUGGGGCCGUGAAAUCAAGCUCUGCAAGGCUGGCGAGGAGGGUCUUUGA